AUGAAAAAUAAAGCCAACUCUUAAAUCCCAUUUCCAGUAGCCUAUAAUAAAAUGAACCAUUUCCAAUUACCAUUGCUAGGGAAGAAGAAAAGAAAGGCUCAUACAAAAAACCCCUUCAAAACAAAAAUCUAUUACAUUCCUGAUGACACUGUUAUGAGAGUGAAAUGUCUAGACGGGUUCUUGAUGAUCAACGUAACCAAUAAUGAUAAUCCUCAUGAAAUUAUCAGAGCAAAUUUAUCAAGACUCCGUAUAUAAAGCAGUAAACCUGAAGACUUUCAAUAUUUUCUAAAUCUACAAGAUUUGGAUGUUUCUGAGAAUUCAUUAUAAUUGGAAGAUUUAACCUCAUUCCCAGCAUUGAAAAAUUUAAAGAUUUGUGCUAACAACAUUAGAAAUAUUGAAAUCACUCACAAGAAUACAUUUGAGUCACUGUAACAUCUUGAUUUAUCAUUUAACUAUUUAAAUAAGGAAGCCAUAAGUUCAUUAAAAAAUAUUACAGAAUUAAAGGAACUUUAUUUAGUUAGAAAUGAAUUACUUGAAUUGCCAAUCGAUAUGGCAGAGUUUACAAAGUUAGAAUUGUUAGACAUAAGUGAUAAUGCAUUUUAAUCCAAUUAGACUGCUUCAGUCUUAUGGGAAGUCUUAGGCUAGAUACCUGAACUUAAAACACUUAAUAUAAGUAAGAAUUUCUUAAGGGGAAUUCAUACUGAAAGGCUGGUUGUUGGAUAUUUCAAUAAAUUAGAAACUUUAGAUUUCUCCUAUAAUAUUGCUGAAAACUAACAUAACUUAAUAUGUGCUCGUAAUUUUACUAAUCUCAAGAAAAUUAUUAUUACUGGAAAUCCAUUUGGAAUUACUAGAGAUCAUCAAGGUCUAGAAAUGGAAAUUCAUGCUAGAACUGGAGGUAUUUUAAUAAAUGAGGAGAUUGAAAAAUCCUAUCUUAAGAAACCAAAGGUUAAGAGACCUCCCUGUAAAUUUGAAUAAUUAAAGAGAGUUGAAAAUGAUAUUCUAAAAUUGCCAGUUAUUGAAUAAUCUAAAGAUGGACUCUUAUUAAAUAAUGAGGAGGAAUAAUCUCAAAUUGAUGAGAACUAGGAGGACAAUAUGUUUGUAACUGAAAAUUAACAAAUUAAAUAACAAUAAUAAAAAUUAUAAUAACAAUAUUAAUUAUUAAGCAACAAUUAAAAACCAUCAACAUAUGAAGAAUUCAAAAAAUUAGCUUAAGAAAUAUUAGGUGAUAGCAAAGAGUAUGAUUAAAAUUAAAAUUCAUCUGGUAGACCAGUAUUAGACUUAACAAAAGCAUAUCAACAACUUAAAAGUGUUAUCAAUAAACCAGAAGUUGUGGAUUAUGAAGAUUAUAAAGAGCCUAAUUAUAUGAAACCUACAGCAAGUAUUCCAAGAUAUAAAUAUUAAUUGGAUGAUCCUGAAGACGAAAGCAUUUAAAAAAGAACUGAUAAUAACAACCUCAAUUCAGAAGAGAAUGAAGAUUUCAAUCUUGAAUUAUUAUAGCAAGGAUAAAACUAAACACAAAUUUAAUAAUGA